GCUCUCCCGGAGGCGCUCCCGAGCCGCCGCGGACGCCGCCAACAUGGCCGAGACGAGCGAGGAGGUGGCGGUGCUGGUGCAGCGGGUGGUGAAGGACAUCACCAACGCCUUCAGGAGGAACCCGCACAUAGAUGAAAUUGGCCUGAUCCCAUGUCCUGAAGCUAGGUAUAAUCGGAGUCCCAUAGUCCUGGUUGAAAACAAACUUGGCGUGGAGAGCUGGUGUGUCAAGUUCCUUUUACCGUAUGUCCACAACAAACUCCUUUUGUACAGAACAAGAAAGCAGUGGCUGAACAAAGAUGAAUUGAUAGAUGUCACAUGCACCCUGCUACUUCUAAACCCAGACUUUACCACUGCGUGGAACGUGAGAAAAGAGCUGAUCCUCUCUGGCACUUUAAAUCCAAUUAAGGACUUACAUCUGGGAAAACUGGCCUUAACUAAGUUUCCAAAGAGUCCAGAAACAUGGAUUCACAGGCGAUGGGUGCUACAACAGCUAAUUCAGGAAACCUCCUUGCCUUCCUUUGUGACCAAAGGAAACUUGGGAAUAAUUCCUGCAGAAAGGACACAGCAACUAAUACGAGAAGAGAUGGAGGUCUGUGGUGAAGCAGCAGGGAGAUACCCAAGCAACUAUAAUGCCUGGUCCCAUCGCAUCUGGGUUUUACAGCACCUGGCCAAGCUAGAUGUCAAGAUUCUUCUUGAUGAACUAUCUUCUACUAAACACUGGGCGUCCAUGCAUGUUUCAGACCACAGUGGAUUUCACUACCGCCAGUUUUUAUUAAAGUCUUUGGUUAGCCAAACUGUGACAGAUGGUUCUGUAUUGGAGCAAAAUACGUUGAGAAGUGAGCCAGCUAUAGUUCUUCCAAAAGAUGAAGAAGCAGUGGCUUCAGCAGAGGAAUCAAGGAUAAAUCUUCCCCAUCUUCUAGAAGAAGAAGUUGAAUUCAGCACUGAUCUUAUUGAUUCCUACCCAGGACAUGAAACCCUUUGGUGUCAUAGGCGGCACGUUUUCUACCUUCAGCAUCACUUAAAUGGUAGGUUUCCUCACAGCGUGGUCCAGUUGUCACCUGCAGACAGCCCAGGGGGGACUUUGAGUGACUUGCACCUCAUCCCAGCAGGACCGCAUACAUCUCAGGCAAUGGAGGUGGAUGGACUCAGUGACUCUAGCAAGCAAGGCUAUUCCCAGGAAACCAAACGCCUGAAGCGGACCCCUGCUCCAGACUCCCUGGGCCUGGAAAUGGAGCACAGGUUCAUCGAUCAAGUAUUGUCCACCUGCCGGAAUGUGGAGCAGGCCAGGUUUGCCAAUGCAUACAGGAAAUGGCUGGUUACAUUGAGUCAAUGAAAGAGGUGGAUUAGUCCUGCAAGGUUCCCCUUUUAGUGCAAUAUUGCUUUCCUUUCUUAUUUACAUAGUUGCAUGAACUGUUUGCUAUUAUUGUCUAACUAUAUGUGCUUCAUCUUUAGGUUAAAAGUCCAUAGUAAAUCUUUCAUUUUAUUUAUUUUGUUAAGAACUGGCAUUCCUUUGGGGAUAAAAUAAUUGUGUAGUUCCUUCCUGCUGAACAGUGAGUCUUAAUUUUUUUCUUUUAAACUUCUCAUCCUUUAUACUCCUGUACUUGAGGCUUUUCUCAUUUGGUUCUCCAGAUUGGUUCACACACACCUCAACCCACCUCAGUGUGGUUGCUGCAUAGGCUAGUUUUUUUUUUUUAAAUUAAAAAUGUGUGUUGUAGUUUAGCUUAAGAACAAUACAAAUUCAAAAUUACUUGAUCUAAUUGUUUUGAGAAUCAAAUGGCCAGAUGGAUGGAUGUGUGAAAAUACACACCAUUUCUCUUUCUCUAGUAUGUUCUACUCAAGUCAUAGACCAACAUAACCAAAGUCAGAAGUAUUGGAAUUUAUAUGAACAACAUGCUUCCAAUA